CCACUGCCAACCCUAGCGACUCUAGGGUUUCUGCCGACACAUCAGAAGACCACCGAGAUAGUCAUCUGUGGGCAGUCCGAAAAACCUUGCUGUUCAGUUUGCUGCUGCAAUUUUCGAGGUCAGUUCUGGUUGUUUGUCUCACUGUUCUCACGUGUUCUCUGGUCAGAUCUGGGAUACUCAGAAUAGAUGAUGUCUGAGGACGGAAAGAUCAGGAUAGAGAAGUUUGAUGGGCAAGAUUUUGGAUGGUGGAAGAUGCAAGUCGAGGACUUGCUAUGUCAGAAAGAUCUUCUUCCAUGUUUGACAGGUCAAAAACCCGAGAAGAUGAAGGAUGAAGAAUGGGCUGACUUGGAUAGAAAAGCCCUAGCCGUCAUCAGGUGCACUUUGACAAAGAGUGUGGCUUUCAACAUCGUGAAAGAGACCACUGCUCGUGGGGUUAUGACAACGUUGUCAAACAUGUAUGAGAAACCUUCCGCGUCAAAUAAGGUAUUCUUGAUUAGACAGUUAGUUAACACUCGUAUGCGGGAAGGUGGUUCUGUUACUACUCAUAUCAAUGUUUUCAAUACCAUUAUAUCCCGUUUGCUAUCAGUAGAUAUCAAAUUUGAUGAUGAGGUACAAGCUUUGCUUCUUUUAUCUUCUUUACCGGAUAGUUGGUCAGGAUCAGUCACGGCUAUUAGUGGUUCAGCUGGAAACACCACACUCACGUUUGAGGGAAUCCGUGAUUUUAUCUUAGGAGAAGACAUCAGGAGAAAGAAUACAGGUGAACCAUCAAGUUCUCUGCUGAGCACUGAGGGAAGAGGUAGAAAGAAAGAGAGGAGAAACAGUUACAGGGGAAGAUCUAAGUCCAAAGGCAGGAGAGGGAGUUCAAAGACAAGAAGCGACAUCAAGUGUUGGAACUGUGAUGACUGGUCUCCUGGAAUAGUGUUGAGGAGAGGGGCAACUAGGGAGAUGUGAAGAUCAAGGAGGAUCUUUCAUUUACAGAAGUACAGAGAGAAGCCGCAGUUUGGUCCAAAGACUCCAAGUGGGAGAUUGUUGGUGAUGUGUAGUCAUCGGCCCAAAGUGGCCCACUUGUAGACAACUGAGAGUUAGGAGACCAGAUUAGGGUUUCGGCCGGCCCAAAUGGUUUUAAGCCCAGUUUGCUAUAACUUGUCCAGCAAGGGUUAAACCCUAAUUAGUUGUCUAUAUAUACGAUCUCCUGUACUUGUAAUCAUCAUCACUCAAUAAUACAAACCCUAGUUGCCCCUGUGGAUGUAGGUCAGAUUAGACCGAACCACGUUAAAUCUCGUGUUCUUUAUCGCUUUCUUGCUUUAUAUU